GCCGGAGACGAAGAAGCUCUGGUUCUCGGGACCGGAAUGGCUCCAACACGAUGAAGAGCUACUCGGUCAGAAAGUGGCCAGAGAAAACGCUGCACUCUCUCGGAAGACCGAUAUAGCCGUCUCAGAUCCCGAAAGAAAACCGAAGGUCUCGACUUGCUUGAGCGCGGUACGAGAUCGCACCGUCUCGAAAGACAACAUUUUCUUCGAGAACACAUUUUCAUCGUGGCGGAAGUGCGUUCGUUUCUGGUCUCUCAUGUUACGCCUAAAGGAGAAGGCUCGUUUUGCUCGGCAACGCGGACUCAAUAAAGAGAAGGCGGCGCCGACGCCAGCAAGAAGAAAGUUCAAUGAAAUCGAUGCCUCGGAAAUGAUUUCAGCGAAAUCAAGCCUCAUACAGCUUGUUCAGAAAACACACUUCGCGGAAGAAUACGAGAACCGCUGCACGAAUGUAAAGAAGACGAGCGUUCUCUAUCAAUACACGCCAUUCUCAGACUCAGAAGGCUUCAUCAGAUGCAGAACCAGAUUGGAGCGAUCUCGCGACCUCACGGAAGAUGAAAAAUAUCCAAUAUUACUUCCAGCGGACUCUAAUCUGUCGUCACUAAUCGUGAAGGAUAUUCACGAAAACAGAUGCUUCCAUUCAGGUGGAGUCUCAGCAAUACUCCACGCCCUCAGGGAAGAUUUCCUAUUG